GUCCGCGUUUGAGCGGCAGGGCGCGCGGACGUGAAGCCACGCCGCCCCACAACUUGCCGCGAUAUCUGAACCGCAUUUCGUACGGACGUUUUAUUUUGCUUGCUGAAUUAAAGUUGCGAGUGUGUAUUAAAAAGUUACCCCGUUUUUUCUAGAAACAGUAUCCAACUUUUGUUCGGUAAAAUUAAACUUAGAUUCCGAUCGCUCGAUCGUAAGUGAAUGCGUUUGUGAUUUGUUCGUUGUACAAAGUUUAUUUUCGUCGCCCGAACCGUGUGUAUGUGCAUUAAUUCCAAACAUAGCCAAAUAUUAUAGUAAUAGCUUAGUUUCCCGCUUUAGACUCUACCCUUCGGUCCAAAAAAGUGACUUAUUAGCAACUGCUGAUAUCAAUCCUUCAUAUCUUGUAAUUGUAAAUAUUUUCUAAGAGUAUUGUGUAUCUGGUUCGAGGACCAAAGUUCUGGAUAUUAUACUUAAAGGAUUAAGUGUAGUGCUUUGUGUAAAUAUAUGUAACGCGAACAUAUCCAUAUGCAGUGAGUCCGUACUCCUGUCGAAGUUAACGACAACGAAGACUAAUUGAUAUUGAUUUUUCACAUACCAACACAAGAAACGCGAGUCAAUUGAUAGACGUGAGCAGCUGUUGAGUAAAUACGAUAAACAUGUCGGCUCCAACAACUGACAGCACAGAAGCCAUCACUAACUCUGGCUACGGCAGCAGUGAUGAGACUGCGAGCUUACUCGUCACUGGACCCUCAGUUACCGUCAUUGUUCCAUCAGAAAACAGAACAGUUAAACCAGUUCUGCAAAGACAAGACUGUACCACUCAUCUACGACCUCAAUUAUCAGGCGGGCCUGGCAGUGAGGAAAGUGCAACAUCUAUCAGAAUGGAAGAAGGCACCGCAAGAAGUGUCCCUGACAUCGAGCUCCAAUGUCGGGAACCGGCAGACCGACCUCAGACACUCGUGUCUCCCGUAGCGACGUGCUCACACAGAGGGUCAGUGACCGCCUGCCAGUUAGUUCCGCAAACAUACUCGAGAUGUCGCGUCUGCGAGCGGCGACAGUCCACCGCGCCAAUUUCAGCGCUACAACUAGCGCGCUCUGUGUCGCGAGAGAGCGUUCGCUCGGCCGUGCACUACCCUUGCGGCUGUAGUUCGCUCCAUGCCGUCAGUACGUGCCCCGUCAUACAACCCCCGGCGCUACUGUUGCCAACAACUAGUACAAGAAUAAUCCGCCAGAGUUCGCAACCUGAAUCUAGCGCAUGCGCGGCGCACUGCCCUCAUCACCCUCACCACCACCCCAGCGCCUCUCUGCGGCAAUUGCGAGAACCAGGAGACGGCAUCGCUGGCAUCGCCGCGGACUCUCUGCGAAUCAACGGGGGUAUGCGCCCUUUCAAACAGGGGCUGCUCCUCUGUCCACAAACCCUGUCGCAGACGCGCCGAGCCCGGCUGAGACGUGCAUUCACUGAAGCCACGGGGGAUACUGUUAACUACGUUAAAACGGCCUGUACAGGACCUCGGGAUCAGAUGACACAGCUGCGGAAGCCGGUGUCGACGCUCUCGAUCCCGGGCGCGAUGAAGGCGUACUCGGGUGGCGGGAGGGACGCGGGAGGCGAGGAAGCAGGCGUCGCUCUAGUCGGCGUGCACAGCGAGUACCCGCGCUUCGGCGAAGAACGAGCGCUUGGCGGCGGCACGUACAAGGGCGGGGGGACAGCUAAGCACAAACCCAAUAUAGGAUAUAGGUUAGGUAGAAGAAAGGCGUUAUUCGAAAAAAGGAAACGAAUAAGUGACUACGCUUUAGUAAUGGGAAUGUUUGGUAUUAUAAUUAUGGUUAUAGAAAAUGAACUUUCAAGUGCUGGUGUAUAUACUAAGGCGUCAAUAUAUUCGCAGGCGUUGAAGACGCUUAUAUCAAUGUCGACUGUGAUUUUACUUGGCCUAAUCGUCGCGUACCACGCUUUAGAAGUCCAGUUAUUUAUGAUAGACAACUGCGCUGACGACUGGCGGAUAGCAAUGACGUGGCAGCGGAUAGCUCAAAUUGGCCUCGAGCUUGCUAUCUGUGCCGUUCAUCCUAUUCCCGGUCAAUAUACCUUUACCUGGACCACAAAACUUGCAAACAAAGGCGGAGUUAUAGGCGUUGAAGUAGGCACGAUGUAUAAGCAAAUUCAGGUUCCUUAUGAUGUCACGCUGUCUCUGCCGAUGUUCUUUCGACUCUAUUUAAUAUGCAGGGUCAUGUUACUUCACAGUAAAUUAUUCACAGAUGCUUCGUCCAGAAGUAUAGGAGCUUUAAACAGAAUUAAUUUUAACACUAGAUUUGUCUUGAAGACACUUAUGACAAUUUGCCCCGGCACCGUGUUACUAGUUUUUAUGGUAUCUCUUUGGAUAAUCGCGAGCUGGACUCUUCGGCAGUGUGAAAGGUUUCACGAUGAAGAACACGCUAACCUACUGAAUGCGAUGUGGCUUAUUGCGAUUACCUUUCUCUCCGUCGGUUUUGGUGACAUAGUGCCAAACACAUAUUGCGGCAGAGGUAUUGCUGUUAGCACCGGCAUUAUGGGGGCGGGAUGUACAGCAUUAUUAGUGACCGUUGCUUCGAGAAAAUUAGAGUUAACUAGAGCGGAGAAACAUGUCCAUAACUUCAUGAUGGAAACCCAGCUAACAAAAAAGCUGAAAAAUGCCGCUGCCAACGUGCUUCGGGAGACGUGGUUAAUAUACAAACACACGAGGCUUGUCAAACGAGUCCAUCCUGGAAGAGUGAGAACGCAUCAAAGAAAAUUUUUAUUAGCUAUUUAUGCGUUACGAAAAGUAAAGAUGGAUCAGAGAAAGCUGAUGGACAACGCCAAUACUAUAACAGAUAUGGCAAAGGACCCCUUUCUCUUACAGACCCAGAAUACAGUCUACGAGAUUGUUUCGGACAUGAGUACGAGACAAGACACCAUUGAAGAGAGGCUGACUAGUUUAGAAGAAAAACUUACUUCAUUACAGGAACAAGUAAAUAAUUUACCAGAUGUAAUGGCUCGGUGUCUACAGCAGUGUUGGGAACGGGCGGAGCAGAGAAGAAAUUUCCUGCAUCCCGACACUGCUGCUGUGCCUACUCCGCCCUCAUCUACUAUUACGCCUUACACCAGGACGCUGGCGACAGCGUCACAUCCCUGGCCACCAAGCCCGGUGCUGCAGCCGGCGGGGCGAACGCAUUCAGCUCCAGAGAGCACAACAACGCAUACGCCUUCACCAGCGCAGCCGCAGCCUUCUAGCCCCGCUCCACAUGCGUCUCGGCCUCCUCUACCCAGCUGAGUACCGCCUUCCAACUCCGAACUCCUGUGCUGAACUCGACGAAACUCGGCGCCCGUCCUCUGACCCCCCCUUCAUGACUACGCCCGAAAGAGGUUGUCGGGGAAGUUGUUUUACAAUGGAAGACAGAGAUUUGAAGAUACUAGUUCAAUGAACGCUUUGCACGAAAACUAUUAAGUUCUUUCCCGAUAUCAAUCAAACAUUACGCAGAAUUUGCUAUUGAUUUACAAUAUUAAUCUCACUAAUAGCACGCGAUUUGAAUAAGAAUCUACUGACUUUUCAUAUUGCCAUUUUAUCUCAUGUUUCCUCCAUAAAACUGCAAAUCAAAACGAACAUUUACUAUGUGAAGAUUUGUAUUUUUAUACCGUCAUGAAACAAAUCCGUUUAUUGAAACUAUUUUCGACAUCUUUAUCUUACGUUGGGUGACGAACGGAAAAAGUGAAACGAUUUUCUCGGCAUACCGAAGGACCACGCCGCGGUGCGAGACAAGGUCAGCCGUAGUUUUCUUCGCUGUUCCCCAAAGUUUCGGAUGUGCCAGACUGUUUUCUAGUGAUAUUGUUUAGAUAGUGAAAAGAAAUGAGGCGGUACGGACUUGCUGUUGUGAUUAUACAAAUGCUUUAUCGAUAGACGCUUUAGCUAAUUACGUUAGACGAUAUUUUGAAUACAUUAUCGGAAUUAGUAUAGAUAGUUAUUACCAACACGUCUGUUCACGUUUUAUCUGAUGUUCGAGGAACCAAUAACACUGUUUUAUAAGCUGAGUGUGUUUUUACUAAGGUUUUUGUGAACGCCACCGAUAUUAUGACAUUGAGAAGUCUUUGGAAACGAAUUUAAGAGUAGUCACUUUCAUAGAUUUCUUAAUGUACAGACACAUAGCAGUAAAAAUUAAUAUAGUGACUAAUGAAAUAGUUAUAUAACACAUAGAUUUGCAUUUAUAUUUUGCAGUCAAUAAAUAAACUGACUGUAUAGGCAUUACUGUAAAGUACACAUCGUAGUCACUAUACAUUGGUUUCGGUUCAUUGUAUAAGUAUUUAACGUAUGGAAAGUAACACGAUUUGGAAUAAUUAUAUCACAAUGCCAGACUUAGCUAUGAAAUAAAAACUAUACGUUACUCCAUCUACUUUAGAAUUGUAAAUGUCACCUUCGAUAGUAUUCGAACAAAAAUUGAAAUAUAUUUUAUACAUAAAUAAUAAUAUAGAACAAUAAUCUGAUCACAUUAUUUGCAAUAUAUUUUAAAUACAUAAAACUCUCUAAAACAAAGUUUUAUUGAGGUAAUCCGUAAGUGAACUAUGUUUUACAGAGAAAUCGGAAAAAAAUUAAGUAAUAAAUUUUGAGAUCAGAUUAUGGCUACGUAUGACGUGGCUUGACGUAAGCUAAGUGUGUUUCCAUUUGUGUUGUUCGAAAACUAUCGAAAUGUGACACUUGCACAUAUUCUGAAACCUGUAUACACACUUUUAGAUAUAUAAUUAGGUAAAUUGAAUUGUUACUACCUGCCUAUUGACAUGUAGAUUGUAAACAAUUUUUUCUAAGAGUUAGAUUAAGUAAAGCUUUGUAUAAGACAUAAGAUUGAUGGCUGUCUAAAUAGUGCCUAAAACACUACGAAAUUUCGAUAAUUCAGUUUUAUUAUCUUAAUAACUUAUGAAUGUAAAUAGGUAUUCUAAAAUUUGAGAGCGUAAUAUUUAGUAAAUAUCUGAAUUUUGUAGCUGUACGUGUUGUAUGAUGGGAUCAAUUUGUUUGUACAUUUUAGUUUUAAAAUUUUUCCUUCUUCAUGUUUGGUUUGUUACACUUACUUGAAAGACUAAUGGAAAAUCGGAUAUCGCAUUAACAUAAGUAUCAAAACCGAUGAGGAUUUUGCUCAAAUAAGUCUGCACUGAUUUUUCAAGUCCCGAUUGUAAAAUAGCAGUUAUAUUGGCACGCAUGUACGAGUAACACUUAAAUAGAAUAGACCAAUUUCUGUAAUUAAUAUAGAAAUAGAUUGAAUCCAAAUAGAUUUAAAAAUAUUUACAUUACUAUGAGUAUAUUCAACGAUUGCAAAUAAAAAAUAAAGGCCCAAUUGAAGGUACAACUUGUCAAAAAACAUCUUGGUAAUGCAGGAAUCCAUACUUAAAAAAAAGGAAAUUAAAGUUUUAUUUUAAUACACAACAGAAAUAAAAUAUCAACCGAAUAAUUGUAAAAAUGGUUUGAGAGAAUUUUACAUAAGAAAUAUUCAUUAAGUUUGAUUCUUAGUUGUGUUUUUAUAUUUUCUUUGCUAUUUCGGCUUUCAGACAAGCAAUAAGGUUGAUAUUUGGAUAACAUGAAAUUUCCAAAACAAAUAAUUAAAUUAAAUACACUGUUUGGUUGCCUAUGCGUCGAGAGAAUUUCAUACCGAACCAUAUUUUUAUUCUUUUUUUUAACUUAAAAUCUGUAAGUAGCUAGGGUAAUAAAUAAUCCUAUAAAAAUAAUUGUUCGUAAUAAUUAUACAAAAAAACACCAACUAGUAUACUUAGAUAUACGACAGAUUAGUGUAGAAAUUAUUAAAAAAAAAUAUUUCCUGCAUUAUUAUAUUUAUUAUUAAAAUAAUAAUCUUACCCAUCUUAUUAAAACUUUUCCUAAAAUUUUUCAUAAACAGUGUUUUAAAAAAAUACUUUCUAUAUUCCCUAGUGUUAACUACCUCGACCUUUUUACACGUCAUACAUAAUUACCUACUGUUUUCUAGUUACUGCCACUUAAUAUAUAUAAUCUUGCUUUUAAUUAUACAUUUAUUUUCUCUUACCUUCCAACUAUAUCAUUAUUAAAUAAUUAAAUAUAAUCGUUCCUAAAAUCAUUUAUUUCUCUUGUCCUAUUAUUUUCUCGUUUUCUUUUCCUAGCAAAGUUCUAAAUUCAAAACGCACAAUAAUUAAUAAAAGUGGCAUUUUAGUGAAACUAGGUAUUUACAUUAUCGGUCUUUACUUAACAGUAGCCUAACGAAUUGUCCCCAUUAUGAAGAAUUUUAAAAAUCUAGUCACUAAGUAUAAUUGCUUUAUAGUCUGUUUUGUCUAGGACAGUUGUUCACAAAAGUGUUUGCACUAAAUAAAUUAUUAUAUUUUAUCAAUUCUCGUCUAUUCCUACCGACUUAUCCUAGUGUAUAAUUUGUACCUUUCCAAAAUAUUUAAAAAUAUAAUUAUACCUAACGAACACUUUUGCGAGUGAGUCCCAAUUUUAGCUAAAUUUCAAAAUAAAAAUAAAAAAACUAUUUAUUUAUAAAUAAGAAUUGACCAAAAUGUUGUUUAAGAAACGUAGAAUUUGUAAAUAAUAAGCGAAAAAUCAGUAAGACAUUAUGUAUAAAUUAAUAAUGUAAAUACCAGUUGUAUUUGCGAAUUUUAAUGUAAAUAAAGUAAAAAAUAAUAAAAAUACGGUUCCAGUAAAAUUAUUUUUAAAUAAUACGUUCAAUUGUAUAAUGAAAUUUUAAGUUGUAUGCCAACGGAAUGUUCUAUGCGGUGCGUAAACAAAAGAUAUGAAACUUUUGUGAUCAUUGUUGAUGAAAUGAAAGUGUAACUUCGAUUAUAUGAGCUGUAGUAUUUUUUAAAUUGAUUUUUAUUUACACCCUAUGCCUGAAGUUGAAAAUAAACUCGAUAAAAUAA